GGGAGACCUCAUGUUGAGGCGAGAGCCCAGGGAUGGAGAUGGCGGAGAAGAUAGAAAUUGUCACCAAGGAGGCCUUACUCAAAGCACCAUCAGCUGCCUACCAUGCCCUGGAUCCAGAGUUGGGGGGCUGCUGUGAUCUCUGCCCUUGCUGUGGCUUCUGUCCGGGCUGCGGCUCCUGUCCAGGAUGCGGCUCCUGUCCAGGAUGUCCAGGAUGCGGCUCCUGUCCAGGAUGCGGCUCCUGCCCAGGUUGCGGCUCCUGUCCAGGAUGCGGCUCCUGUCCGGGAUGCGGCUCCUGCCCGGGAUGCGGCUCCUGUCCAGGUUGCUGCUGCCCCUGCUGUGGUUGUGACUCCUGCCCCAGCUGUGACUCCUGCCCCAACUGCUGCUGCUGCUGCCCCGAUGGCUGCUGCCCCCCGAACUGCGACUGCUGCUGCCAGCUGUGCUGCUGCCUCCCACGCCUGCUGUGCCAGCUGCCCAAAAUGAUCGGCUGCCCCGUAAACAUCAAGAGGUUCCUGAUCGUCCUGGUGAUUGUAGGUCUUGUGGUGCUGGUUGUCGUGGGGGCUCUGCUGAUGGGGCUCUACAUCACCCAGGCGCAUACAGAGGCUCUUCUGCACAUGACCGUUGGCGAGUUGGAUGGAAGAGAAUCCCAGCUGAAGUUCUCCAUGGAUAAGGAAGAAGUAGCCACUUACUAUGUAGAUGACGGGAUCCACAACCCAGCCACAAUCAUUUAUGAUUUUGCCAAGCUGCUGAUUGGCUACAAGCCUGAACAUCAAGAAGCCUGUUACCUUGCCAGGAUGGAUAAGGAAAACAUCCAAGGCCUAGACACCCUCCUCAAGGAAUUCCAGGCCAAGUUGUCGGUCGCGCAUCUCAUGCCAAAGGGGAAAGAGAAAGAGCAAGAAGAAGAAUUCCUCACAUCCCAGGUGGAUCGUUCGAACCUGGGAACCACCAUUAACAUCCUGUGCAAACACAUCCCCAUCUUCUACACUUAGGUAGAAACCUGGAUUGAUGGUCAUCCAUGGUGAGCAUGGUAGGAGGAAGCUAGUGGACAUCACAGUGUCAGCCUACAAAUGAAGCCUACAAAUGUUGAAAUUCUUUCCUCAGAAACUAUACUGCGGUGACGCCUGCUGUCCCUACUUUUAUUACGACUCUGUUCCCGACCCCCUUGGAGAUAAUGGGUGACAAAACCUAACAGAUUAUAUGUAGCUUGUGCCUAUGACUUGGAAUACUAAAUAAUUACUAAUCAAAAUAUGUAACGCCUUAUGCAACUUAGUACAAAAUUCUAAUAAAACAA